GACAGAGAGAGAAAGAGAGAGAGAGAGAGAGAAAGAAAGAAAGAGCAAGAAGAUGGCGAGUGAGCCUCCGGCCCGCAGCCUGGAUGACAUCGACCUCUCGGCUUUACGGGACCCCGCUGGUAUCUUUGAGUUGGUGGAAGUUGUGGGAAAUGGCACCUACGGACAAGUAUACAAGGGUCGACAUGUCAAAACAGGGCAGCUCGCAGCGAUCAAAGUCAUGGAUGUCACGGAGGAUGAAGAAGAAGAGAUCAAGCAGGAGAUUAACAUGCUGAAGAAGUACUCACACCACCGAAACAUAGCGACUUACUAUGGGGCCUUCAUCAAAAAGAGCCCUCCAGGACACGACGAUCAACUCUGGCUGGUGAUGGAGUUCUGCGGGGCUGGAUCUGUGACGGACCUGGUGAAGAACACUAAAGGAAAUGCUCUAAAAGAAGAGUGGAUUGCCUACAUCUGCCGGGAAAUCUUGAGGGGAUUGACACAUCUACACGCACACAAAGUCAUUCACAGAGACAUCAAGGGACAGAAUGUCUUACUGACGGAAAACGCUGAGGUGAAGCUAGUUGACUUUGGUGUGAGUGCUCAGCUGGACCGGACAGUGGGAAGAAGAAACACUUUCAUCGGGACCCCAUACUGGAUGGCACCCGAAGUAAUAGCGUGCGAUGAGAACCCAGACGCCACCUAUGACUACAGGAGUGACAUUUGGUCUUUGGGAAUCACAGCCAUUGAAAUGGCAGAGGGUGCACCACCUCUGUGUGAUAUGCAUCCAAUGCGGGCCUUGUUUCUUAUCCCAAGAAACCCCCCUCCCAGGUUAAAAUCUAAGAAAUGGUCGCGGAGGUUCAUAGAGUUUAUCGAGAACUGUCUGAUCAAAAACUACACCCAAAGACCCUCGACCGAGCAGCUCCUGAAGCACAGCUUCAUUCGCGACCAGCCCACAGAGCGGCAGGUCCGCAUCCAGCUCAAGGACCACAUCGACAGGACUCGCAAGAAGCGGGGGGAGAAAGACGAGACGGAGUACGAGUACAGCGGCAGCGAGGAAGAGGAGGACAAUGUGCACGAGGAGGGUGAACCCAGCUCGAUUGUAAACCUGCCGGGCGAGUCCACGCUCCGACGGGAUUUCCUACGGCUGCAGCAGGAGAACAAGGAGCGCUCGGAGGCGGUCAGGCGCCAGCAGCAGCUGGUCCUGCCUCGCCGCGACCCAGAGGAGCACAAGCGCCAACUGCUCUCCGAGCGGCAGAAGCGCAUCGAGGAACAGAAGCAGCAGCGACGCCGGCUGGAGGAGCAACAACGUCGGGAGAGGGAGGUUCGGAAGCAGCAGGAGAAGGAACAUCAGCGUCAACUGGACGAGAUGCAGCAGAUCCGGAGAGAGGAGGAGAGGCGACAGGCAGAGAGGGAACAGGAGUACAUCAGGCACCAGUUAGAGGAGGAACAGAGGCAGUUAGAGAUACUUCAACAGCAGCUACUGCAAGAACAGGCUUUGCUUCUGGAGUACAAGCGCAAGCAACUGGAGGAACAGAGACAAUCGGAGAGACUUCAAAGGCAGCUUCAGCAGGAACACGCUUUCCUCAUGUCCCUGCAGCAGCAGCAGCUGCAGAAACAACAACAACAACAGCAGCAGCAGCAGCAACAACAACAACAACAACAACCGCCUCAAGAGAAGAAACAGCUGUAUUACUACAAUAAAAACGUCAAUCCAAGCGACAAGCCGGCCUGGGCAAAGGAGGUAGAGGAACGCUCCAAGAUGAACAGGCAGAACUCGCCGGGAGCCAAGCCAAAGAUGGGCACCACCAUCUCCGACCCUGCACUACAGUCCCGCACGGAACCACCGGUGUCCGCCCUGGGCCCUCAGGCUUCCCAGACGCCCCCCAUGCACCGCCCCGUGGAACCUCAGGGAGCACAGUCCAAGUUCCAAGUUGCCCAUCGUGUUGCCCUGAAGCCGUCCUCGGCCGCAGUCCCACGGUCCCAGUCCAUGCAGGACCACCCCGGCAAGAGCGUGAGCCCGAUCGCCUUCCCGAGCCAGGACCCCGAGCCGGCCCGGCCAGCCCGCGGCCAGCUGCUGCGUCAGAACUCAGACCCCACCUCUGAGACCCCUGCCGGACCUCCUCCACCCCUUUCCGAGACCGCCCGAAGCCAACUGGGGCCGUGGGUGAAGAUUGGCGAUGAGGCGCCCCCCAAGGUUCCUCAGAGAACAACAUCCAUAGCAACAGCACUGAACAGCACCAGCGCCCUGGGUAUCCGACCAGGGCUAGCACCUCGGGCAAGUGCCUUGUGUGCUUGGGUUUACAGCAACCCAGACCUGCGCAGGAUCGAGCCCGGAUGGGAACGGGCGGAGAGUCUGCCCCAAAUCGGCCCAGGCCCCUAUCACAUCCACCAGACCGGCUCGAUGGAACGCAACAGAAUCGCAACUUCCUUCCAGCCCGAGGGAUCACCCGUUCCCUCCCAGGAGACAAACCGAGGGAAACCAGAGGAGAUCCGAACAACCUCUAGACCAAGCAGACCUGCAAGCUAUAAGAGAGCGAUAGGCGAGGACCUUUUGAACCCGGGGAAGGAACCUCGACCUGAGGAGCUGCCCAAACCGCCGGUCAAGGUGAUGGACUACUCCUCGUCCAGCGAGGAGUCGGGCAGCAGCGAUGAGGAGGACGAGGAAGGGGACAACGACCGUCAGGACGAGAAUCUGUCCAGCUCCGACGGCUCGCGAUCCGGACCAAAUCAGAGCAAAGACGGAGACACCGACAGCAUCAACACCAUGGUGGUUCACGAAGGUGAGGACUCUCCAGAGGCGGAAACGACCGGAAGCUCGUACGACGAUGGCACUAUGAUCGUCCAGAGGACGCCAGAGGAGAAGCGAGGGCUCCACCACCCGGAGAGUAACGGCUUUGCCAGCCACGUGAACCUGCCCGACCUGGUGCGACAGAACCAUUCCCCCACCGACCACAAAGGCUCCAACUCGCAGCUGGACAACGGCAGCGAGUUUCAGUCCCGAGGUCUUGUGAAGUCACCUGGUAAAUCCUCCUUCACCACCUUCGUGGACCUGGGCAUGUACCAGAUGGGUGCUUCGGGCGAGACCUUGCAAAUCAGCGGCUUGAGUCUCAACGAUGUGAGCCGGCUGAGCCAGCUCAAGUACGACGACAGGAAGGGCUCGGUGGUCAACGUGAACCCGACCAACACCAGGCCACACAGCGACACACCCGAGAUCCGCAAGUACAAGAAGCGAUUCAACUCCGAGAUACUCUGCGCCGCUCUGUGGGGUGUGAACUUGCUGGUGGGUACUGAGAAUGGCCUGAUGUUGCUGGACAGGAGCGGGCAGGGCAAGGUCUACAGCCUCAUCAGCCGACGCCGAUUCCAACAGAUGGACGUCCUCGAAGGGUUGAACCUCCUCAUCACCAUAUCAGGAAAGAGAAAUAAGUUACGUGUCUAUUACUUGUCUUGGUUGCGGAACAAGAUAUUGCACAAUGACCCUGAGGUGGAGAAGAAGCAGGGAUGGACUACAGUGGGGGACAUGGAGGGCUGUGUGCACUACAAAGUGGUCAAGUACGAACGGAUUAAGUUUCUAGUGAUUGCUCUGAAGAACUCUGUAGAAGUUUACGCCUGGGCACCGAAGCCUUACCACAAGUUCAUGGCUUUCAAGUCUUUCUCAGAUCUGCCUCACAGGCCAACACUCGUCGACCUGACGGUGGAAGAGGGCCAAAGGUUAAAGGUGAUAUACGGCUCGAGCGCUGGCUUCCACGCGGUCGACGUGGAUUCCGGGAACCCGUACGACAUAUACAUCCCAGUGCACAUCCAGAACCACAUUGUGCCUCACGCCAUUGUGAUCCUCCCCAACACGGCGGGGAUGGAGAUGCUCCUGUGCUACGAGGACGAAGGUGUGUACGUCAACACUUACGGACGCAUCACCAAGGACGUCGUCCUGCAGUGGGGAGAGAUGCCAACUUCCGUGGCGUACAUCUGCUCGAACCAGAUCAUGGGUUGGGGAGAGAAAGCAAUCGAGAUCCGAUCCGUGGAAACUGGUCACCUCGACGGUGUCUUCAUGCACAAGCGAGCGCAGCGGCUAAAGUUCCUGUGUGAGAGGAACGAUAAGGUAUUUUUCGCUUCAGUUCGGUCGGGAGGAAGCAGCCAAGUUUACUUCAUGACGUUAAAUAGAAACACAAUCAUGAACUGGUAAUUAAUAAAAAAAAAAUUCAUUAAAACUAAACCAAGGCACAGGAGGGCUGGGUUUUGUGUAAAUAACGAGCUAUUUGUUGACAGGCUGUCUUAAAAUGCCUUCUCUGGAAGAUGUGGUGAAUUUAGUGCCUGAAACACACCUAUUUCCCCCCCCCC